AGGUGAGCCAGGAAAGGCCUCCCGACCCCGGGGGCUUCGCACCUGGGCCCCUGGGAGUGGGUCACGGCAUGUGGUGGUCUGGAGAGGGAGCUUUGGAGACCAGGAAGCCCCGGACCCUCGGAGAAUGCUGGACAGGCCUGGACAGGGGAGGCAGAGGCAAGCCAGGAGGGUUGUGGCUUUCCUCAGGUCAUAUGGAGUCCGGCCAAGGGCUUUAUGGGUAAGAGCUCCUUGGAGCCUCCCAACAACCCUGGGAGUGAGGUGCUAGCAUUAUUCCCGUAUUACAGAUGAAGAAACGGACGCAGGGUAAAUGACUUGCCCAGGAUCACCUAGCUAGGAAGUCACACCUGAACUCAGACCUUCCUAACUCCAGUGUGUAGCCAAACUGUCAAGAGCCUAGCUGGACAAGGCCUUGAAUGGCAGACCUUCCACCCCACAGGGACCUGACCUCACAGCCUUUCUGGCAGUGCCCCUGGGAAGCCCAGGUGCCCGCACCGUCAUGAGGUGCCCAGGGGCUGCCCCAGAAGGGAGCCGGGCUCUCCUUCCCAUUCUCUUUACCAUCCGAGUGGCCUCGAGUGCAGGCUGUCUCUCGUUGACGUUGGGGGUUCAGAGUGACGUGUGUGGCCCAACGACUACCGCCUGCCCUUGGGCAUGACCGAUCCCAAGGGUGCCAGGACACAAGGGAGAAGCCCCCCACCCACCCUCGCUGGCCGCGAUGGCUCCGGGCAGCAGGUUUGGGAUUCUGGUGAUGAGUGUGGACAUGGUUCAAAGCAGCUCCACAAUUAUUGGGUGCCAGCUGGGUGCUUGGGCAGAGGGUGCAGAGAUGCCCUGGGGGAAGCCACAUUCUCCUGGGAUGAAGCUCCUGCUGUGGGCAUGGCACCACUACGGGCAAGGGGGCAGAGGGACCACUAUCCUUACAGGGGGCAGCCGGGCAGCUCAGAAGGUGGAGCCUCAGACCCUUCCUGGCUGGGUGACCCUGGACAAGUCACUUCACCCCCACUGCCCAGCCUUGACCGCUCUUCUGCCUUGGAGCCAUUACACAGGCCUGAUCCUAAGCUACAGGCAAGGGUGAAGAGGAUGAAGAAGGAUGGCUUUGGAGCUCUAAGAAGCCCAACGUUCUGGGCCUGGCAGGGGUGAAGGGCGUUGUGUCUGGCACACAGCAAGCCAACAGGGGCCGGAGGGCGGCCCCUGGGCCCCUACUUGGAGUUUAAGCCAGUGCGGCCAGCUGCCCGAGCAGCCAAGGCAAAGCCCCUUCCUGCGUCCGCCCUGCCCUCCCUGGAAGGAGGACAGUUGAGCGAGGCCCUUAGCAGGACCCCGGAGAGUUUCCAGUGAUGGCGAUCGCAGGCCCGCUAAUGAACCGCAAACACAGCCCACGGGAUGUCCACAGACGCUGUGUGCUUCCACCCCUGCGGAAGCCACUCUCCAGGCCAGGUGGCGGCAGGCUCCUUGCAGAGCUCGUCCUUGGGGAGGCGGCAGGGGCUCUUCACACCUUCCUGUCCCGAGCAAUAAAUGGAUGGAGAGGCGCCUGGAAGCCAAGAGUCCGGCUCUGGCCACGCGGAGCCGAGCGAAGGGCUUCUCAGGCCUGAAGGACCCAGCGCAGAGGGUCCCGGCUGCCUCCCAGGCCUCCUUCAGGGAGAUCCCACCUUCUGCGAGAAGCCUCCCCAGACCUCCUCCUGCUCAGUGCCUGCCCUCCGAGAUGUGUGUCCCAGGGGGGCAGUGCUCGCCUGGUGUCUCCCCCGCUAGAUUGUGAGCUCCUGGAGGCCAGGCACCAGUUUGAAGCGUUUUCCCUUUCUGUGUAUCCCCAGAGCGCUGUACAAUGUCUAGUGGACUUAGUGACUGGCUGACCGACUGGGCUGCCUCACGAGGUAAGGAGGGCACCCUGAGGAGCAGCCUGGGCAGCCAGGGGAUGGGGAUGCUCCACAGCAGCCAGUGGGGAUGGAGGUAGCCCCCGCAUCUAAUCCUGCGAGUUCUUGGAGGACAAAAGGGCCCUGCUUGCACUCGCUUAAAACCAGGACCUUCGAGUCCCUUGGACAGCUUGUUCUCGAGUCCGGAAUCCAUGGACAAUCACUGGGGGAGGGGGGCAGAUUGAUCCCCUGCUACAGACAAACACUCCAUGCUGCCGUCAAAUUGCUGCUCCCUUUGGGUAUUAUUAUUUAGCAAGAAUAGGGACAAUAAGGGGGCAGCUGGGUAGCUCAGUGGAUUGAGAGCCAGGGGAGGUCCUGGGUUCAAAUUUGGCCUCAGAUACUUCCCAGCUGUGUGACCCCGAGCAAGUCACUUAACCCCCAUUGCCUAGCCCUGACCACUCUUCUGCCUUGAAGCCAAUAUGCAGUAUCGAUUCCAAGGGAAGGUUUUUUUAAAAAAUAGGGACAAGAGCCUAUAGUUUUCUUUUUCUAAUUUGUCUCUCCCUCAUCAAGGACCUCAGAGGAGCAAGCUGAAAACUUUCAGAACCCUAGGACACGGCUAAUUCUAAGACUGGUGCAAUUACUACCAUCUCCCCCACCCCCCAAGCAGAAUUUUGCUGCUCUGGAUUCCAGCCCAGGCUCAGAGACACAGCCAGUCUCCUACUCAGUCCUCAUCCACCCAUCCCCAUUCUCCUUGUUCACAGAUUCAAGCUUCAGGUUCUUGACUCACUCCUGGUCUACCCUGGAAGGCUUUCUUGCUCUGGUCACCCGUGCCCCAGAUUUUCUGGUUUGACCAUCCCUACUAAUAGCUUUCUGUGUGGAUCAGUGCUAGAAACAAGUAUUUACCACACUUUCCCCUUCUGUUAUUGAUCAUUAUUGAGGCUAGGGCUCUUUUCUGAUCUGCUGAGAGAGCUGGGCUGUUGUGUUCAUGGUCGCCCUGUCAUCUGAGCUGGAGAUUGUGGUGUCAUUCAAGGUCUUCAUGACCCUGUGGACCUUGGCACAGCAGACCCUUCAUCCUCCACUCUCUCUGAAAGUCUAUCCAAGCUCUUGUUCCUUGCUUCCAUGCCGCCAUCUGCCCCCCCCCCCCCCGGCUGUUGUCUUCUCCUUUUGCCCCCGAUCUUUUCCAUACAUCAGACUCUUCCAGUGACCCUGGAGCUGCACGCUGAGGAGGUACACUAAAUGAGAUUUGCUGGAGAUGGGGGGAAGGCCAUAGUGGGAGCUGGGAGUUUCUCAUCCAAAGGAGAACAAGAAGGUCAGGAGUGAGUGCUGUAGGGGAGGAAGAGGACGACGACGACGACGACGACGACGACAGGGCAUAUAGGGCUUUGGAAGCCAAACAGGGCUUUCUGUUUGGUCCUGGAGAUAAAAGAGAGUCGUGUUGAUUAAAUAGGGAAGCGGCAUGUGUUGGAGGAAGAUCAUUGAUCACUUUUGAGUGGAGGAUGGAUUAAAGAGGGAGAAACUUGGGGCGGCAGAAUUAGAGGAGAGAGGGGCCAUUUGGGAGAAAGGCCACAAAGGUACGAUUGACAGGAUUUGGGGGGGGGGGAGAGAGGGAGAGCGGAAGAUGCCCAGAUUCCGAGCCGGGGGAAAGGAGGAGGAUGGUGCGCUCAACAGUAAGGAAGCUGGAAAGGGGGCAGUUUGGGAGUGGGGAAGAUAAUGAAUUCUGUUUGGGGCAAGUUGAGUUCAUGGACUAUCCAGUUUGAGUGACUGGAAACAUGAAAAUGGAGGUCAGGAGAGAGACUGAGACGCGAGUCGGCUCCUAAAGAGAACGGCUGAAACCAGGGGUGCCGAAGAGAUCAAGUGAAACAGUCAAGGCAGAAGAGCUCAACGAACGCUUGGCGAGCGGUUAAUCGAUGAGAGCUGAUGAGCUCGUAGAUGGCCAAGCAGGUCCCUGACAAGUGGGCAUUAGAAGGUGGCAGCCAAGGGGUCUUCAAAGGGCACGUUUCCCUCCGGCCUCGCCCCGGGGCAGCACACUUCACAGUGUGGUGAGAACUAUUGCAGAGAGCUUGGAGAAAAAGGAGGGGGAGGGCUCCAGGAUAUAAAGAGGAAAGAGGCCCUGCUAGGAAGAGAAGGAAAGACCAAGAGGAAGGGUCAGGGGGUCUUCUGUCUUGACAAGUGCCAUGCAGGCUCCUCUGGGUCUGCCCUGGACAUGGCUGCUCUGCUUUCUGGCUGCCCCCUGGCCCAGCCAGCCAGAAAAACUAUUCCACAGUCGGGACCACUCAGACCUAAAGGAGUCUGUCCUGCGCCAAGCAAAGCCUGUCACUGACCUCCAUUCUGCUCAGUUGUUCUUAUCCAAAUAUGGCUGGACAGAGGGGUCCAGGGAACUCCUGGCAGCGGGACUCAGCGGAAACCCAGGCCUCAGGGAGGCCAUCGCCAAGUUCCAGUCCUUUAAUCGGUUACCAGUGACUGGACAGCUGGACAAAGCCACCCUGGCCGCGAUGAACCAGCCCCGGUGUGGCAUGCCUGACCACCAGCUCCUGGGGGCAACAGUGCCAAGGAUCAUGCCCAGGGGAGGAAGCUCGGACCCAGGUCCCAGAGAGCACCCCAAAUGGCUCUCGGCACUGCUGGGCAGGUGGAGGCCGAAGAGGAGCCCCCCGCAGGCUUUCUCCAGGAAGUUGCUGAGAUGGAGGCUGAUGGGGGAGGGCUACAGCAGCCAGCUGUCCAUAGAGGAGCAGAGGUUCGUCUUCAGGCUGGCCUUCCGGAUGUGGAGUGAGGUGACCCCGCUGGUGUUCAAAGAGGACCGUCUAUCUCCCCCAGCCCUCGUAGACAUCAAGUUGGGAUUCGGAAGGGGCCAACACCUGGGCUGCAGCCGGCCCUUCGAUGGCAGCGGCCAAGAGCUGGCCCACGCUCGGCACUUCGGGGACAUCCACUUCGACGACGACGAGCACUUCACGUCCCCCAGCAGCGACAGCGGGAUCAGCCUGCUCAAAGUAAGGGCGCGGCGCCGGCCAAGCGACGGAGGGGGGCCGGGGGCCGAGGCCGGCCCGGGGAACGCGCUGAGGGCGGCUGCGGCUCCUCUCCAGGUGGCGGUGCACGAGAUCGGCCACGUCCUGGGCCUGCCUCACCUGGACCAGGCGGGAUCCAUCAUGCAGCCGGGCUACACUCCCCCGCAGACCGAGUUUGAGCUGGGCUGGGAGGACAGGAGAGCCAUCCAAGCCCUGUACGGCUCGUGCGAGGGACCGUUCGACACUGCCUUUGACUGGAUCCGCAAAGAGAAGACCCGCUUCGGGGAGCUGGUCGUGAGCUUUAGCACCUAUUUUUUCCGCAGCGGCUGGUACUGGCUUUACGAGAACCGUCACAACAGGACGCGCUACGGGGAUCCGAUCCUCACGCCCGCCGGAUGGCACGGCAUCCCCUCUCGGGACCUCGACGCCUACGUCCACGUCUGGACAUGGACGAGGGACGAGCGCUACUUCUUCAAAGGGAAUCACUAUUGGCGAUACGACAGUGACAACGACCAGGCGUUUAAAAAGGACGAACAAGGCACCAGCUAUCCCCGGCUCAUCUCGGAGGGCUUUCCGGGCAUCCCGAGCCCCCUGGACACAGCCUUCUACGACCGAGGGACGGGGUUCAUUUACUUCUUCCAGAAGUCUUCCGUGUAUGCGUUUGAUGUCAAGAGAAAUCAAGUCGCUGAGUCUUAUCCGAAGAGGAUGAUGGAUGUUUUCCCGUCCGUGACGCCCCAGGACCAUCCAGGUGGAAACCUAGAUUCGGCCUACGUCUCCUACGCACACAACGCCGUCUUCUUCCUCCAAGGCAACGUCUACUGGAGAGUGGUGAACACCAGGGACCGCCAGCACAACCCUUCUCUUGCCAUCAAUGGGCUGCUUCCCAGACAAUACAUCUCGCAGAAGUGGUUUGACAUCUGUGACGUCCAUCCUUCCACCCUGACGAUGAACUAGCCAAACGCCGCUAGAAAGGGCAGACGGGCAAUGAGGGAAAAGCCCCCGCGGCUCGGGCCGAGCAUCUCUCCUGGGAAGGCGGAGGGAAGGGCUUCCUCCCCGACUCUCUGGGAUUCUGGGUGGGAGGCAGAGAAGGGGAAGCCUGGAGGGGAGCGGAGGAAGGCUCGUCUCCCUCGGCACAGCCACGGCCGAACCCAGAACACAAAGUUCUCAUUCCAGCCAACUUUCCUGGAAAAUGUAAGGCCGGCCAACGCCCUCCUUUGAGAAGGCCCGAGGAGGCUGCCUGCUGUCCCCACGCUACUAGUCCCGUCCCUCCUUUCUCCAAGCAGUUUUCUGUGCUCACUUAGACGCUCUGUGCUUAAAGGACGGGAUGGCAGCCUCAGGGAGCAGCCUGGGCUGGAGCACAGGGAUCUCGAAGCACCCUUUGGACGCUGGCUGGCUGCUGGGCAAUAACCCCCCCAACCAGGACGCAAGACCCUUUCUCAUCUUUAAAAAACAGAAGAAAAGGAGCUGGCGGGUUUGAUGGGGAAUGACUUCAAUGGGAGCCUGUCAUUGGGAUGCUGAGGUCCCAAGUCUGAGUGUCUGCCCCCAAGGACUAGUCAGAAGUCUUUCCUUCCUUCUUUCCGCCCCAUUUUACACAAAAGCAGCAGGAAUUGUCACAGGAACAGAGUGGGGGGGGGGCCACCAGGGGAGGGGGAUGGGCAGACACGGGACUGGGAGCCAUUUCUGCUCAUGGAUUUGCACCAAAAGCCCGUUGGCCGGCCGACUGCCCAGGCUGAGCAGCGCCCAUCCAGGGAGUGUCUGGGGGUUUCCCAAGGGCCGACAAUGACCGGCACGGACGUCCCGGUCUGCAAACCUAAGCCGAGGGGCCCACGGUGACGCGCCUCAGCCGAUCUGGGCUGAGGAUCAUGAAAACUGAAAGACAAGGAGAUGGCAGAGAGGAACCAAGAAGCGUCCCGGCUGCCUCCACGCCAGCGACGACGGAGAGCCCGGGCUUCUGUGAGAACGGCGCCUCCUACCUCCCAUGAUGUGGCCGCCCCGGCCAAGGGCUGGAGAGUCCAUGUAAGAAGUCUGAGUGUUCUCCGAAAGCAAACCAACGGGCACGCAGCACGCACCCCGGCGCCCAGCCAGAGCCCACGGUCAUCGUCCUGGCGACG